AUGGGUGGCUGCAUUCCUUUUCUGAAGGAAGCAAGGACAUGGUGUCCCAGAAUCAUGCCCCCUUUACUGUUGUUGUCUGCCUUAAUUUUUUUAGUGAGUGUGCUGGGAGGAGCCCCAAGGCACAACUCGGACUGCCGGACAAAGAUGGUAUCAAUACACAGCCUCUCUGAGCUGGAGCGUCUGAAGCUGGAAGAGGCUGCUUACCACGAACUCGUGGCCAGACAUUUCCUCUCUGAAUUCAAACCGGACAGAGCUGAGCCCACAGACCGUCCAAAAACCUUGGAGAAGUUGCUUCUGAUUUUGAGAGGACAAGAAAGGGCUCUGAAAACCUUUGGCAUUCGCCUGGAAGAGGUGCUGGUGAAUGAGCUUACCCGCCGCAAGCUGCUGGAAUUGACAGCCAUGGCGCAGAAUGAAGAGACCACCAGCGCGCCUGCAGGCCCUCGUCGUCGUCGUCGGGGAAACGUGAUGCAAAGAUUAUUUGGACGCAUCAGGCGCUUCUUCCGUCGCAGACGGAAUACGCCCACCUUGCCCCCGGAGUUCACCCGCCGUGGGCGUCGAGGUGCGGUAUGUUUGGAGAGCCUGGCUGAGCUGGAGGAUGGGGCCUUGCUGCUGCAGACCCUGCAGCUCUCCAAGGCUUCAUUUCCCAUUGGCCAGCGACUUCUGGCAUGCAAAGAGAAGAUGGGCCUCAAUCCUAUUGCGAAGCAAAUCCCACAGGUGGUUGAGGCUUGCUGCAAAUUCAUUGAGGAACAUGGUUCAAAGACAUUAGGGAUUUUCACUGCUGAACAUUCCUUGCAGCGAGUGCUGGAGCUCCGUGAGGAAUUUGAACAAGGUAUGGACAUAGUACUGGAUGACAAUCAAAAUGUACAUGAUGUGGCUGCCCUGUUGAAGGGUUUUUUAUGUGACAUGAAGGACUCCUUGCUGCCAGAUGAUCUGCACAUGUCUUUUCUUCUGACAGCAACUCUGAAACCAGAGGAUCAGCUUUCUGCCUUGCAGCUGUUGGUUUACUUGAUGCCACCUUGCAACAGUGACACUCUGGAGUGUCUGCUGAAGGCCUUGCAUAAAAUCACUGAAAACUGCGAGGAUUCCAUUGGCCUUGAUGGAAGCUUGGUUCCAGGCAAUCGCAUGACUUCUAACAACUUGGCCUUGGUGUUUGGAUCUGCUCUUCUAAAAAAGGGCAAGUUUGGCAAGAGAGAAGCCAGGAAAACAAAGCUGGGAAUUGACCACUAUGUUGCUUCUGUCAAUGUGGUCCGUGCCAUGAUUGAUAACUGGGAUGUCUUGUUCCAGGUGCCACCUCAUAUUCAAAAGCAGGUUGAGAAGCGCAUGGGGAAGUCCAGUCCUGAAGCCCUGGACUUUAUCAGACGCAGGAAUUUGAGGAAGAUCCAGAGUGCACGCAUAAAGAUGGAAGAGGAUGCUUUGGUGUCUGAUCCAGUGGAAAACUCUGCUGAAGCUGAGGCUGCUAUUCUUGCCCAAAGCAUGCCUUUUGAUGAAGGUUCCUCUGAGGAGCCCGCUGUGCCUCCCGGCACUGCCCGUUCCCAUGACGAUGAGGAAGGAGCGGGUAACCCUCCCAUUCCGGAGCAAGACCGCCCAUUGCUCCGUGUGCCCCGGGAGAAGGAGGCCAAAACUGGCAUCGGCUACUUCUUUCCUUAG